AUGCUGUCUCGACUGACGCUGCUGCGGGCGCUUAGUGCGCAUGGCGUCGCCGCAGGCGGCAACGCUCGUCUGGCGCCGGCCGCGAUUCCGUCCGCGCUCUCCGCCUCCUUCUCCUCUCCAGCCGCCAACCGGCGCGCUCGCCGCCUGCGCCGGGCCAAGGCCAGCGCCAAGGCGGCCACGCCCGACCCGCGCACGCCGUCGCUGCUCGCCGACAUUGAGCAGCUGUCGCGUAACGGCCUCGCGCAGCGCGUGGAGAUGCCGUCGGAGCUGCUGGAUCGCCUGACGUCCGUCGUGCGCAGCCGCACGCACUCGCAGCUCGAGACGCUGCGUCAGAAGCACGUGGGGGACCCCCGGAACACGCGCAAGCUGCCGCUGGACAUGAGCAAGACGCCGCUGGGCUGGACCAUGGAGCGCGACCAGCAGAUCCCGCCCUUUGCCUACGGGCCGGCCGAGACGCUGGCCUUCGUGGCCUUCGAGAUGGAGGCCACCUACGCCUGCACGCACGCCGUGUUCACCGAGCUGCAGAAGAGGCUGCCCGACUUCAAGCCCAAGUCGGUGCUGGACUUCGGCGCCGGCCCGGGCACGGCGUCGUGGGUGGCCAAGGACUUCUACGACCAGUCGCUGAACAAGUACCGCGUGGUGGAGCCCAGUCAGUCCAUGGUGGACGCGGCCGAAGUGCUGCUGGACGGCUUCCCGGGCCUCAGUGUGCGGCGCAGCAUCGCCGACAUGUCGAGGGAUAUCAACACGGGCACCAAGUACGACCUCAUCGUCGUGAGCUACGUCUUCUCGGAUAUCACGAACGACUUUGAGCGUGUGGCGACCACCUCGGCGCUGUGGGAGCUGCUGAACGAGAACGGGUGUCUUGUGGUCGUGGACCGCGGCAGCCCCUGGGGGUCGCACCAGGUGCGCUCGGCGCGUCAGUUCGUGUUGGACUCGGUGAAGGAAGACGAAGACGGGAAGGAGGGCGUGCGUAUCAUCGCACCAUGCCCGCAUCAUUUUGAGUGCCCAGCGGCAGGAAGCACGUGGUGCCACUUCGUGCAGCGCUCGCCAGUAGUGAAUCGCCCUCGUGAGGCCACCACCAAGCGCUGGCACGGACAGAAGGGCUCCAAGUUCUCGUACAUGAUCAUGCAGAAGACCCACAAGGGGAGCGAGGAAGAUGCUGCUGCGAGGAAGAAAAAGCCCAUUGCUCGCAUGCUGAGAGGCCCCCUGCUCGCAACUCGUCACGUCCAUCUGGACUUGUGCACUCCUGAGGGAUCGAUGGAGCGCCGCAGUGUCACCAGAGGUAAGGCGAUCCGCGAAGUGUACCGUGCUUCGCGCAAAGCGCAUUGGGGAGCGCUAUGGCCAGCAGACGAGUCCAGUUACCUGAAGGACGACACGAGAGCUUCACUGCUCGAUCCACCGCUGGACAGCGCAGGCGGCAUCAAACGCGCAGCAUUUUCCUGCUCCAACCUGGACAAACUCGACGACGAAGGCGACAAGGACGAGGAGGAAGAGGAAGAGGAUGACGAUCAGAAAGUCUCGACUGCAGAGGAAAGCAGCACAGUCACGAUCGUGCUCGUGACGCUGUUGUUUGCGGGGGCUGCCUUCGCUCGACGACUGGAACAGCGGAUGCCGCAGGUGCAGCCCAAGCAUGUUCACGUGGAAGUAGGUCUCGCCCAGCUCUACACUGGUGAUCAUGUUGAGAUCGACACGGAUCGGACGAUCGUGUGUCCAAAGUGUGCGGGCACCGGGGAUGAUAUGAGCGCCGGCAACGUGUCCGAUCCAAUUGCCAGCUUUGUCACGGUCGAGGUCGCGUUGCAAACAGCAAGUGCGAGGUCUGCAAUGGGCAUGGCUUGCGACGAGAGUCCACCACCUUCAACGUGCACAUCGAAAGAGGUGUUCGCCAUGGUGACGAGCUUCUCCUACCGCGCAAAGGAGACCAGGCCCCACUCCACGUUCCUGGGCACGUUGUUGUGCAUGUGGUACGACUGCAACCAUCAGAAUGAAACUGAGGCAGGCAGCGCGCUGGUGGGUUUUUCCGGGGAACUUGAGCAUCUCGAUGGACACACAGUCAAGCUCAACCGUGAAGCUGUUGUACAGCCCACCACAGUCUGGAAGAUUCCGAGCGAGGGGAUGCCGAUCCGACAGCGACCAGGAGAGUUUGGACACUUGCUUGUCCACUUCAACAUCGCGUAUCCAAGUGAGCUCAACGCCGCCGACAAAUCUGUCGUCUGUCAGCUCCUGAACGACUGA